AUGACCUAUGACCUGGCUAGUGCUGUGGUAAGAAUAUUUAAUUUGAUAGGGAUGAUGCUGCUGCUAUGUCACUGGGAUGGCUGUCUCCAGUAUUUGGUGCCUCUCCUCCAAGAGUUCCCCCCGGACUGCUGGGUGUCCCUGAACGGAAUGGUUGUAAGUGUUGUGGGGGUUGUGUGGGUUGGGGGGUUGGGGGUUGGGGGGUUGGGGGUGUGUGUGGGUGUGUUUGUGGGUUGGGUUGUGUUGGUGUUUGGUUGUGUUGGUUGUGUUUUGUUGUGUGUGUGGGGUUGGGUGUGUGUGGUGGGGUUGUUGGGGUUUGUGGGGUGGGGUGUUGUUGGGGUUUGGGUUGUGGGUGUGGGUGUGGGUUUGGGUGGGGGGGGGGGGUUGUGGGGUGGGUGUGGUGUGGGGGUGGGUUGGGGGGGGGUGUGGUGGGGGGUUGGUUGGUGUGGGGUGGGUGGUGGGUGUGUGGGUUGGUGGUUGUGUGUGUGUUUGGUGUGGGGUUUGGUGGUGGGGUUUGGUGUGGUGUGGUGGUGGGGUUGUGGUGGGUUUGGUGGUGGGUUGGUUGGGGUUGGGGUUUGGUGGUGGGGGGUUAGUGGUGUGGGGUUGGUGUGGUUUGUGGGGGUUUGGUGUUGGUUUGUUGGGGGGUGGGGGUUUGUUGUGGGUGGGGUUGGUGGUGGGGUUUGUGGGUGGUGUUUGGUGUGGUUUGGUGGUGGGUUUGGUGGUGGGGUUUGGUGGGUGGGGGGUUGGUGGUUUGUUGGGUGGGGUUUGGUGGUGGGGGGGGUGGGGGUGGGGGGGGGGGGGGUGGUGGGGGUGGGUUGGGUGGGGUGGGGGGGUGGGGGUGUUUUGUGUGUUGGGGGUGGGUGUGGGGGGGGUGGUGGGGGGUUGUGGGGUGGGUGGUGUGUGUUGGGGUGGUGGGUGUGGUGGGGGGGGUUGGGGGGGGGGUUGGGUUGUUGGGGGUUGUUUGGAGGUGUGGGGGUUGUAUUUUGGGGGGUUUGUUGGGGGGUUUUGUGGUUGGGUUGGGUGGUUGAGUGGGUUGGUGGGGGGUGGGGGAUUGGGUGUUGGGGUUGUGGGGGGGGGGUUUGUGUGGGUGUUUGGUGGUGGGGGGUUGGGUGGGGGUGGUGUGUGGGGGGGGGGGGGUGUGUGGGUGGUGUGGUGGGGGGUGUGGGGGGGUGGGGGUUGAUGAUUGGGGGGGUUUUGGGGUGGGGGGGGGUUUGGGGGGGUUGGGGUGUUGUGGUUGUGGGGGUGGUGUUGGGGGUGGUGGGGGGGGUGGGGGGGGUGUUUGGGGGGGGGGGGGGUUGGUGGUGGUGGGGUUGGGGGGGUUGGGGUGGGGGGGGGGGGGUGGGGUGGUGGGGGGGGUGGGGGGUUGGGGGGGGGUUGUGGGUGGGGUGUGUGGGUGGGGGGUGGUGUGGUGGGUGUGGGGGGUGGGGGUGUUGGGUGUGGUGGGGUUGGUUUUGGGGGUGUGUGUGGGUGUGGGUGUUUGUGUUUGGGGUGGGGGGGGGGGGGGGGUUGGUGGUGGUUGGGUGGGUUUGGGGGUUGGGUGUGUGGUUGGUGUGUUUGGGUUUGGUGUUGUUUGGGGGGUGGGGUGGGGGGGGUGGGUUGUGGGGGGGGUUUUUUGGGGUUGGGUUUGUGGGGUGUGUGGUGGGGGGGGGGGGGGGGGGGGGGGGGGGUGGGGUGGUGGUGGGUGUGGUGGGGGGGGGGGGGGGGGGGGGGUGGGGGGGUGGGGGGGGGUGGGGGUUGGGGGGUUUUUGGGGAGGGUGGGUUGGGUGUGGUUGGGGGUGGGGUGGGGGGUUGGGGGGGUUGGGGGUGGGGGGGGGGGGUGUGUUGGGGGUGGUGUUGGGGGUGUUUUGGGGGGGUUGUGGGUGGGGGGUGUGGGGGUUGGGUGGGGGUUUUGGGGUUGGGUGGGGGGGGGGGGUUGGGGGGGUGGGGGGGGUUGUUUGGGGGGGUUGUGGGUGUGUGGUGGGGGGGGGGGGGGGUGGUUUUUGGGGUGUUGGUUUUGUUGUUGGUGGUGGUGUGGGUGGGGUGUGGGUGGGGGUUUGGGUUUGGGUGUGGUGGGGGUUGUGGUGGUGUGGGGGGGGGGGGGGUGGGGGGUGGGGUGGGGGUUUUGGGUGGGUGGGGUGGGGUUUGGGGGGGGGGGGGGGGGUGUGGUUGGUGUGGUGGUUGUGGGGUGUUUGGUGGGUGGGUGGGGGUUGGUGGGGGGGGGUGGUGGGGGGGGUGGUGGUUGUUGGUUGGGGGUUGGGGGUGGUUGUGUGGGGGGGUUGGGGUUGGUGUGUUUGUUUGUGGGGGUUGGGUGGUUGGGGUGUUGUGUUGGUGUGGGUGGUGUUUGGGGGGGGGGGGGGUUUGUGGGGGGUGGGUGGGUUUGGUUGGUGGGGGUGUGUGGGUGUUGGGGGGUGGGGGGUGGGGGGGGGGUGUGUGUGGUGGUGGUGGUUGGGGGGGGGGGGGGGUGGGGGGGGUUUGUGGGGGGGGUGGUGUGGGGUUUGUUGUGGGGGGGGGGGGGGGGGGUGGUUGUGUGGGGUGGUUGGGUUUUGUUUGUUUGGGGUGGGUGGUGUGUGGGGGGGUGGGGUGGGGUGUUUGGUUGGGUGUGUGGGGUGUGGGGUGGUGUGGGGGUGGUUGGGUUGUGGGUGGUUGUGUGUGGGUGUUGGGGGGUGGGGGGGUGGGUGUGGGGGGUUGGGGGGGUGGGGGGGGGUUGUGUUGUUGGGGGUGUGUUGGUGGGGGGGUGUGGGUGGGGGGUUGGGGGUGGGUGGGGGUUGUUGGUGGGUGGGGGGGUGGGUGGUGUGUGUGGUGUUGGGUGUGUUGGUUUUUUGUGUGGGGGGGUGUGGUUGGUGGGGGGGGGUGGUUGUGUGUGGUUGGGGUGGUGUGUUGGGGGGGGGGGGUUUGUGGGGGGUGGGUGGUGUUGGUUGGUGGGGGGGGGUGUGUGUGUUGGGGGGGGGGUGGGGGGUGGGGGGGGGGUUGGGGUUUGGGGGUGGUGUUGUGUGGUUGUUGUUGGGGGUUGGGGGUGGGUGUGGGUUUUUGGGUGGGUUUUGGGUGGGUGGGGUGGUGGGGGUGGUGGGGUGUGGUGGGUGGGGGGUGGGGUGGUGGGGGGUGGUGGGGGUGGUGGGGGUUGUGUGGGUGGUGGUGGGGGGGUUUGGGGGGUUGGUGGGGGUGUUUUUGUGGUGGGGGGGGGGGGGGGGGGGGGGGGGGGGGUUGGUGGGGGGUGGGUUGGUGGUGUGGGGUUUUGUGGGGGGGGGGUUGGGGUGUGGUGGGGGGGGGGGGGGGGGGUGGGGGGGGGUUGGGGGUGGGGGUGUUGGGGUGGGUUGGUGGUGGGUGGGGGGGGGGGGGUGGUUGGGUGGUGUGUGGUUGUUGUUUUUUGUUUGGGGGGGGGGGGGGGGGGGGGGGGGGGGGGGGGGGGUGUGGUGUUGGGGGGGUUGUGUGUGUGUGGUGGGGUGUGUGGGGGGUUUGUGGGUGGGGUGGGGGGGGGGGGGGGGGGGGUGGGGUUGUUGGGGUGGUGGGUGGGUUGGGGGGGGGGGGUGGGGGGGGGGUGGGGUUGUGUGUGGGGUGGGGGGUUGUGGGGGUGGGGGUGGGGGUGGUGUUUUGGGUGGGGGGGGGGGGUGGGGGGGGGGGGGGGUUGGUUGUGUGUGGGUGGGGGGGUGUGUGUUUGGUGUUUUGGUGGGUGGGUUGGGGGGGUGGGGGGUGUGGUUGGGGGGUUUGGUUUGUUUGUGGGGGGGGGGGGGGGGGGUUGGUGGUGGUGUGUUUUGUUUGGGUGGGGGGUGGUGUUGGGGUUGUUUGUGGGGGGGUGGUUUGUGUUGUUGGUGUGGUUGGGGGUGUGUUGGGGGUGUGGGGGUUGGUGGGGGUGGGUGGGGGGGGUGGUGGGGGUGGUGGUGUUUGUUUUUUGUGUUGGGUGUGGGUGUUGUGUUUUGGUGGGGUGGUUUGUUUUUUGGGGGGUGGUGGGGGGGGGUGGUGGGGUGGGGGUGGGUGGGGGGUGGGUGGGGGGGGGGUGGGGGUUGGGUGGGGGGGUGGUGGGUGGUGGGGGGGGGUGGGGGGGGGUGGGUGGUGGGGGGGGGGGGGGGGGGGGGGGGUGGGGUGGUGGGGGGGGGGGGGUGGGGGGUGGGGGGGGGUUGGUUGUGGUUGGUGGUGGUGUGGUGGUGUGGUUGGGUGUGGUUGGUUUGGUGGUGUGUGGUUGGUGGUGUUUUUGGUUUGUGGUUUUGUGGUUGGGGGGUGUGGUGUGGGUUGGUGUGUUUUGGUUUGGGGGUGGUGGUGUGGUGGUGGUGGUGGUUUGUUGGUUGGUGUUGUGGUUGUGGUGUUUGUGGUUGGUGGUUUUUGGUGGUUGGUGUUGUGGUUGGGUGUUUUUGGUUGGUGUUUUUGUUGUGGUGUUGUUUGUGUUGGGGGUGUUUUUGUGGUGUGUUUGUGGUUGUGUGGUGGUUGUGUUGGGUUGGUUUGUGGUUGGUUUGUUGUGGUUGGGGGUGGUGUUUGGUGUGGGGUUUGUGGGGUUGUGUUUGGGGGGGGGGGGGGGUGGGUUUUGGGGUGGGGGUGGUUGGUGGGGGGGUUGUGGUGGGGGGGGUGGGGAGGGUUGGGGGGGGAGUGGGGGGUUGGUGUGGUGGGGUGGGUGGGGUGUGGGGGUUUGGUGUGUGGGGGUUGGGUUUUUGGGUUUGUGUGGGGUUUUUUGUUGUUUGUGGGGGUUUUUUGUGGUUUUGUGUGGUGUGGUGUUUUGUGGGUUGGUGUUGGUGGGGUGGGGGGGGUUGGGGGGGGUUUGUGGUGUGUGUGUGGUGUAGGGUGAUGGGUGUUGAGGGUGUGUGUGUGGUGUGUGUGUUGGUGUUUAUGGGUGUUGUUGGGGUUUGUGGUGUGGUUGUGUGUGUGGGUGUGUGUGGGUGUGUGUGGGGGUGGUGUGUGUGGGGUGUGUUGGGGUGUGUGUGUGUGUUGUGGUGUGUGUGGUGUGUGUGGGGGGUGUGUGUGGGGGUUGUAGUGAUGUGUGGGUGUUGUGGUUGUGUGUGGUGUGUUGGGGUGUGUGUGGUGUGUGUGGUUGUGUGGUGUUUGUUUUGUGGUGGGGGUUGGGGGUUGGGGUGGUUGUUGUGGGGGGGUGAUAUUGGGUGGGGUGUGGGUGGUGUUGGGGUUUGGUUGUGGGAUGGGGGUUGGGGUGGGGGUGUGGUGGGGGGGGGUGUGGGUGGGGGUGGGGGGGGUUUUGGGGGGGGGGGGGGUUUGGUGGGUGGGGGUUGGGUGUAG